AUGGUAUCCCAAAUUAGUAAAAAAGAAUUUUUAAAGUUAUAUAGAGAUAUUUUAAAGAGUCACAGAAUUUUACAAGAGCCAAUGAAAUCAAUGGGGGAUUCAUAUGUCAAGAAUGAAUGGAGGCUUCACAAAAAAGUUAAAGAUAAUAAAGUAUUAAAUAAAUUUUAUACCGAAUGGGACCAAUAUUUAAAUUUUAUGGAUAAACAAAGAGAGUCCAUUUUAGAUCAAGCAAUGGAAAAAUAUCAACAAGAACAAAGAGCAAAAAGUAAUGACUAUACUAAUGAAGAAAAAGAAUUAUUUAUAAACACACUCGUUGGAAAAGAUUUAGACGAAUUCCAAAUAAACCAACUCAAUAAAGAUCAAAAAGAAAAACUAAACCAAUUAAAAAAUGAAACUAAAAAUUUAUUUAACGAAUUCAAUCAAGACCAACCAGAAAAUAAUAAUGGUAACAAUAAUAAUAAUAAUAAUAAAUAA